UGUGUUUCCUCUUUGGAGGGUUAACGAAGGAGUCGUCAACAGAGAACGAGAACACUCGGGAAAGUACUCGAAGAAUCCUUCAGUUCUCGUGAAAGCACUCGAAGGAUCCUCCUCAAAUCUAUAAAUCGGAGUGCCAUUUUCGUGCUUCUCAAACUUCAAACUUGUCAUAAUCCCCGAGUGAUUUUUGUGAUCUUUCGCAACUCAAUCUUUAGUCGAUUGCUCUUGCUUCCAUACUUAAGUGUCAAAGGAAACAAGUGAAGAUGUCGUUGAUUCCAAGUUCAUUUUGGGACAGACGAAGCAAUGUCUUCGAUCCAUUCUCGCUCGAAAUAUGGGAUCCCUUUAAGAAUUUUCCACUCUCAUCUUCUUCUCUAUCAGGAUCUCAAUUAGCGAGGGAGAAUUCUGCUUUUGUCAAUUCUCGCGUGGAUUGGAAGGAGACCCCAGAAGCCCACGUGUUCAAGGCGGAUCUCCCUGGGCUCAAGAAGGAGGAAGUGAAGGUUGAAGUUGAAGACGACAGAGUGCUUCAGAUAAGCGGGGAGAGGAAUGUGGAGAAGGAAGAGAAGACCGACACCUGGCAUAAGGUGGAGCGCAGAGGUGGCAAAUUCUUGAGGAGAUUCAGGCUGCCAGAGAACGCAAAGAUGGAUCAGGUUAAGGCUGCCAUGGAAAAUGGGGUUCUCACUGUUACUGUUCCCAAAGCAGAGGUGAAGAAACCAGAUGUCAAGGCCAUUGAAAUUUCUGGUUGAAGUUUUUAGGAGUCGUCUCCAGCAUUGCCACUGACCCUUUUUCGUUUUUACUCUUUCUAAUAAUAAUUGCUUGUAAAAUAAGUAUGGACGUGGGAAGUGUGUCUUUGUGUUUUGAAAACCAUGUGUCAAUAUGUAAUCAAUUUAAGCUGCCAAUAUUUUGUGCACCGAGCGUUCGAGAAAAUGUCCGUAUAAAUGUUGCUCUAAAUAAUUUUUAAGCGUUCGAGUUUUUUAA